AUGCAUGGAACAGACAAUCACUUGAUGACUAUGUGUGCAGAAUAAAGGCAGCCCAGUCUUCAUGGCAUGAGCUUCACCCUGGAGAAACAAUUCAGGAAAAAAAAAGCUCUCCUAGAACAUGAUUUGGUUCACAGCUUGAGCACUGCUUUUCCUAAUCAGCGUUUGUGUUGCGCAACAGCUGUACUUACAGAGUACUAAAGGCAGUGCACGGAGUGGGUCAGUGUGUGAGGAGGCUGCAAAAUGGCAACUGAAAAGAACACGCUGCUGUCCUUGAUUCUCACCGCCGGGAUCACGGCUCUCGUAGCGACUGGGCAAAAAGCAGAGCAACCAGAAGUGGUGACCAAAUACGGGACUGCCCGAGGAUACCAAUUCAAAGUAGAUGCGGCUGAGAGGAGUGUAAAUGUCUUUCUGGGACUUCCUUUUGCUAAGGCUCCUGUUGGACCACUGAGGUUUUCUGAACCCCAGCCACCUGAGCCAUGGAAAGGUGUCAGAGAUGCCACUUCCUACCCACCAAUGUGUCUACAGGACAAAGUAUUAGGACAGUUUGUGUCAGAUGCUAUUACCAAUAGAAAAGAAAAAGUUCGUCUCCAGAUGUCUGAAGAUUGCUUAUACCUGAAUAUUUACACACCUGUUUCUACAGAAAAACAGGAGAAGCUGCCUGUCUUUGUGUGGAUCCAUGGAGGUGGAUUAGUUCUAGGAGCAGCAUCAUCCUACGAUGGUUCAGCAUUAGCAGCCUUUGACAACGUGGUUGUUGUGACAAUUCAAUACAGAUUGGGUAUUGCUGGAUACUUUAGCACUGGUGAUAAGUAUGCUCGUGGUAACUGGGGGUAUUUGGACCAAGUGGCAGCUCUUCAGUGGAUUCAGGAAAAUAUCAUACACUUUGGAGGAGACCCAGGAUCUGUCACCAUCUGUGGAGAAUCUGCAGGGGGAAUCAGUGUAUCUGCUCUGGUCUUAUCUCCACUGGCAAAAGGCUUGUUCCAUAAGGCCAUUUCAGAGAGUGGUACUGCAAUCAGGGCUUUAUUCACUGAUAAGCCUGAGGAAGAAGCACAAAGAAUUGCUGCUGCAUCUGGCUGUGAAAAGUCCAGUUCCGCUGCUCUGGUUGAGUGCUUGAGAGAAAAAACAGAGGAAGAGAUGGAACAGAUAACUCUAAAAAUGCCUCCCAUGUUCAUCAGUUCAGCUGUGGAUGGUGUAUUUUUUCCAAGGAGUCCCAGGCAAUUACUGUCUGAAAAAGCAAUCAAUGCAGUCCCAUAUAUAAUAGGAGUAACUAACUGUGAAUUUGGAUGGGGACUUCCUAAUAUGAUGAAAUUUCCUGAUUUUACACAUGGUCUGGACAAAGAAGUUUCCUAUCAAGUGUUAAAAAACUUCAUAGAAUUAUCAUUCGAGAGUUUUACUUCUGAUACUGUUGAUCUCAUAUUCAAUGAAUACAUAGGGAAAGCAGAGAGCCGUGCUCAGGUGCGAGAUGGCCUUCUUGAUGCAUUAGGAGAUCACUUCUUUGUAUUCUCAGCGGUUGAAGUGGCUAGAUACCAUAGAGAUGCUGGCCACCCAGUCUACUUUUAUGAAUUUCAACAUCGGCCAAGCUCAGCCACGGGUGUCGUACCAGAGUUUGUAAAAGCAGAUCAUGGAAGUGAGAUUGCCUUUGUCUUUGGAAAGCCGUUCUUAGCUGGGAAUGUUACAGAAGAAGAAAAUAAACUUAGCAGAGCUGUUAUGAAAUACUGGACUAACUUUGCUAGAAACGGAAAUCCCAAUGGGGAAGGCUUGGUCCAUUGGCCUCAGUAUGAUCUGGAUGAAAGAUACCUGGAAAUAGACCUCAUCCAAAAGGCAGCAAAGAAACUGAAAGAAGACAAAAUGGAGUUUUGGGUACAGCUCACAGAACAAAUGAGGAGUGAAAGGAGGAGAGAACGCACAGAUUUGUGAGAGCUGCGGAGGAUGCAUUUUCCUUUUGCAACCUGAAGUAAGGCAUCCUAAUGGGGAAGGUCUGGCUGAAUGGCCAUCGUAUAAUCUAAAUGAAGAAUACAUGGAGAUAAAUCUAAAACAAAGGAAAGCCAGAAAGUUGAAGGAAAAGAAGGCAGACUUCUGGGAAAAGGUGAUGUUUGAAAAGCCAACCAGGAAAAGAAUGGAAAACAAGAAAGUUAAUCCGGAGCUAUAAUUUACCGUUUAACCAUGCCUAAUAGGCAUAGUAUUUAGGGUAGCAAAAGGAAUUAUUUAAAAUAUUUUGGAGGAUAAAAUAUCGUGUCCCUUCCUUUCACCUUUUCUUCUCAGUUCUCAUAUUGACGCUUAUUUGCUGUGAUCAUUGCAGUGGACCAAUUUCCACUUUGUGAUCCUUUACUGUUCCCUCGGUUCAUGUCCACCACAGAAGCCUCACCUGUUCAGUACAGUUAACAGAUCUGUCUGCUCCUCAGGUUUUUCUGUAGCUUUGCCACUGCUGAAGAAGAAUGUGGCAGCAAGGUUGUGUUAAUAAAGCUAAAUCAAUAAAGACCUGAUUUGCAAGUAAAA